CUUUCUUUCAUCAUUGUGGGGUUGGAGAUUUCUCUGUACAAUCACCAGUCGAUGGUUGGGAAGGCCCUAACAAAAAGGGGCCCACUCACUCCUCUCUUGGCCUAGAGCAAUGUUAUAUCACUUUUAGCUUCCAUAAGUGCAAUAUUCAACCGCAAAGACCACGACUCAAAUCUUAUGUAACAAAAGCUUUUGAAUCCUCAACCCAACACUAAAAGGAACAGUGUGCGUUGGGGUAAUUGUCUAUUUGAUCACGUUGGGCGGGAGAAGCCGAGAAGGAGCCUAACUUUUUAUCUGACAAAUGGCCAAAAAACGCAUAAAAGACAAAGGAAACAAAUCAAGCAGCGAAGCAGGAGGAGGGAAAUAUUUUUCCAAAACUGUAUUACGCAUUAAACAGUGUUUUUGCAGGGAAAGAGAGAGAGAAGGAAUUUUGAAGCAGGUGAAGUAAAGAAGGCCCUCUCGUCAAACAAAAAAAAAAAGAAGUAAAGAAGGCCCUGCAAAACUACAACUGCCAAGUUCAGGGGUUCCUUGGAGUAGCAUUAAAGACACUGUUCUGGAUCUUCCUCACACAACCGGCUGCCAGCACCUCCCUUGAAAAUCCGAUGCAACAAAAGGGAAAGCAGAUUUCAUAAACACAAAAUUUGCAUUCAUGUCUUGAUGACUUUUGUUUGCACCAAAAAUGGGUUCUGCUUCUAAGGCGCUAAGCUCCAUUUUCAUCCUCCUCCUCUUGAUGCUCCUAUCUUUUCAAAGAACUCGCAUUUUGUCUUUGGAUACUCUGUUCCACCCAGCAGGAAACUUCCACAUCCACGUCCUGUCUGAGAAUGGACAAGAAAAUGACAACCAGAUCAAGAAAGUCUCUGGACAAGAUGAGAAUGAUGAGAAGGGGCCCCUGAUAAUGGAAAAGUUCAGAGUUUUGCUCGGACUCAACAGUGUCCACGCCAGAAGGCCGUCCAAUGGCGAUUCUGGCUUUCUCUCUCCAUCGCCUUCUCCUUCGCCUAACAUUGAUCUCGAGGCUCCAUCUCCAUCUCCAUCGCCUUCUCCAUCUAAUCUUCCGUUACCGCACGUAUAUGCUCAUCCCUUUCCUCCACGACAUCGUUCCCAUUUUAAUCCGCCCGCUCACAAGUUGCAACAUAAAGAUAGAGGCAGAAUUCAGGCAAUACUAGUAGGUGCUCUUGUGUCUGCAGGGGUUGCUACAGUGAUUUGCGCUCUCGGGCUUAUCUGGUUUUUCAGAAAAUGCAGAAAGCAUGCAAGGAAACCCAAAAGGACAAUGCCGCUCUGUAGCAAGAACGGUGGAAGCGGAGGUACUUAUGAAAACUCGUCCAGUCAGGUGGGUCUGAACACUGCCCUAGAUCCGUUUUACCUGAAUUCUUUGGGCGAGGAUGUAGAGCGACACACUUGCAGCUUGAAACAAACUUGCGAAACAGUAAAUACAAGCUCAGAUCAUAGCUCCAUCCCAAAAUGUGCAAUUUACGAGAAGAUGGAAUUAAAUCAAGAAAUGAUUAGCUCAGGAUAUGAUAAUGCCAGCAGUUCUUCCACAAAGGAAAUUCUAUCUGUUCAGGAGGACGCCGAAUCGGGGAAACAUGAACCCGAAUCUGAUGAUGGUGGAGAUAAAAUUGUUACCAUGGAACGCCAUUCAUCAGAGACUGAAAGUUUUCAUUCCUUCGCCGAUUCCCACUCGUCGAAUGUUAGACUUUCCGAUGCUUCAGCGGGCAGUGUGACUGAGACAGUGUCUCCGUCGCCUCGAGCAACUCAGUCUAAUCCUAUCAGUUCGCCAAUUCCAUUGACAAAGGAAAUUCCUCAUUCGCGCCAAACUUCAACUUCGAAGUUAGAAUCUCCUCCAUCACCGUGCAUUACAAAGCAGGAAGAGCAAAAGAUUGAAGUUUGUUCACAGUGUCCACAAGCCUCCACGCCACCCCCGCCGCCGCCACCCCCGACUCUACACGUGUCCUUGUUUUCUUUGCAUUCUCUCACUUCUUCGUCUAGAAUUCCCUACGGCUCUCCACGUUCAUCUUCAAAGAACUCGGAUUCUGACUCAGCACUGAAUCGAAGUGGAGAAAAUGAGUCGCCUUCUGCUCCUCAAUCUCACCCUGCAAGAUCCCCACCUACCAUUCCUCCACCACCGCCCUUCAAAGGCAAUAACAACAAUGUGAAAACUCCACCUCCUCCGCCGUCCCAGCUUCCCCAGUUUACACCUCUGGGAAAAGAUGGAGCCCCCUUACCGAAACUCAAACCACUUCACUGGGACAAAGUUAGAGCUGCCCCAGAUCGCACAAUGGUUUGGGACAAGCUGCGAUCAAGCUCGUUUGAGUUUGAUGAGGAAAUGAUCGAGUCACUUUUUGGCUACAAUUUGCACAAUUCAAUGAAGAACGAUGAGACAAAAAGCAAAACCCCUUCUCCAAGCAAACAUCUUCUCGAGCCAAAGAGGCUGCAGAACAUAACAAUUCUCUCAAAAGCUCUCAAUGUGACGGCUGAACAAGUAUGUGAAACUCUAAUACAAGGUAAGGGCCUCACUUUACAACAACUAGAGGCACUGGUCAAGAUGGUACCCACUAAGGAAGAAGAGGAUAAGCUCUCGAAUUAUAAAGGAGAGGUCAAUGAUUUGGGAUCCGCGGAAAAGUUUGUGAGAGCAAUGCUGAGCAUACCCUUUGCCUUUCAACGUGUUGAAGCCAUGCUUUACAGAGAAACCUUUGAGGACGAGAUUGUCCACCUCAGGAACUCUUUUUCAAUGCUUGAGGAGGCGUGCAAGGAACUAAGAUCAAGUAGGCUCUUCUUGAAAUUGCUUGAAGCUGUGCUGAAAACAGGAAACCGUAUGAACGUUGGGACAAUAAGGGGAGGUGCCCGAGCAUUCAAGCUCGAUGCCCUUCUCAAGCUAGCUGAUGUCAAGGGAACUGAUGGGAAAACCACGUUACUCCAUUUUGUUGUUCAGGAGAUUGUUCGAUCAGAAGGAAUCAGAGUUUCGGAUAGCAUCAUGGGGAAAAUCAGCCAGAAAAAUAAGAACAGGACAGAAGAAGAGAAGGAAGAUGAUUACAGAAGAAUGGGAUUGGAACUUGUUUCUGGCCUGAGUACCGAGUUAUACAACGUAAAGAAGACAGCAACAAUCGACUUGGACGUUCUUGCUAGGUCUGCCUCGAACCUCAAAGACGGAAUGGCUAAGUUGCAAUAUCUGGUACAAGAGUUACAGACGGAUGAAAAGAGUGAGAACUUUGUGAAUUCGAUGAAGGCUUUUCUAAAUUAUGCGGAGAGAAAUCUGAGGGUCCUGCAAGGCGAUGAAGAUAGAGUGCUAGCUCGUGUGAAGGAAAUCACGGAGUAUUUUCAUGGGGAUGUGAGCAAAGAAGACGCAAGCCCACUUCGGAUAUUUGUGAUUGUAAGAGACUUUAUGGGCAUGUUGGAUAAUGUAUGUAAAGAACUGAGAAGGUCCCAAGCACCCCGCACCCCAAAUCCCCUGGCUCCAUUCAGGUAGAUUAGAAUUAGAGUGUAUGGUAUGUUCACAGGAUCAAAUUAUCGACAAAUUGAGUGUAACUUUAUUUUGAUUUUGUUGGAGUUUUUGGAUUAUUUGAACCUCUCAUUCUAAGGCCCUGUUUGAUACAUAA